CAUAUCAAAGUCCAUGCUUGAGCGGGUGUCCAUUGAUCGGUGCCAGGAGCUCGAAUCCAUAGGAGGGCUGUGUAAUCUCCACUCUCUUGAAGAACUGAAGAUAUCCUUUUGUCGUAAACUCCGGCUCUUAUCUGAGGAAGGAAUGCCAUCCAAGCUUCAAAAUCUGCAUAUUGAGGGGUGCCGAGAGCGGACAUCACUGUUGGGAAUGCAAAACCUUGCUUCUCUCACACAAUUAGCUAUAAAAGCUUGUCCUAAACUUCAGAUCAUGCUAGAAGAUCAGCUCCCAUCUAUGCCUCGCGAUGUGGAAAUUAUUUAUUGCCCUGGAUUGGUCAACUGGUGUGAAAUACAAAAAAUCAACAGCUUUCAGGUCGCUUCAUCGGGCAACAAGCUGACUAUAUCGAACACGUGGGAGAAGAUAAUGCAUGGGUUUGAUGAUUUGACAUCCAUUAAGCAUCUUCCUUUCGCUAAUUCUUGGCAUUCGCUUAGGGAAACAUUCAGCAUAAGCAAUUCUUGGCGUUUGUUUGCGAAAACAUACAUCAUAAGCAUACUUGAAGAGCUGACAAUAUGGGGUUGCACGGACAUCCCACCUAUACGCUGCCUUCCCGAACUCACAGUUCUCCGAAGCUUGGUUAUAAAGGACUGUCCUGGAAUCCAAGUCGUGACAGAUGAACUGCUUCCACGCACGCUCAAUUCCUUGGUAGUUGAUAGCUGCGAGGACCUAAGGUGUUUGCAGUUGGCGCGGCAGAACCGAGAUGCACUUGAGGUGCUGCUGAUUGUGAACUGCCCCAGGCUCACGUUGGUGGAAGGGCUGAAUUGCAUUUUCUUCCCCAAAUUCUUAACAAUAGAGCAAUGCCCUCAACUCCUGCUUCCACAUUCAGGAAGCAGAGAACAAAGAAACAAUUGAUGAUGCAACCUUGGAGAAACGAGUGAUGAGGUGUGAGGGUGAUUCGACAUUUUACAAAUGCUGUAUCUCCAAUGCUUGAUGCUGCAGCUGAUUGCUGCAUGGGUCAAUUCCUAGAAAGGCUUCCUUCUGAUAGCAGCUCUCAUUCCCUGGCCCGGGGGGGUGGGGGGCAUGAUCUUGGCAUCAAUUCUUAAAUGAUUCCAACUUGUACCACCUGCGAAAGGGGUGGUUUCGCAAAUAGUCAACAACAGUAUGGUAGGUCCACACCAGAAGCAUCUUUAGAUAUGCUUUUCCGCUUGUGCUUGUGUUUGCUGGGAACUAAGGUUUGUGAAAAGAACUUGUAGAUUCUGAUUGCUAUUUCUGUGUUCUAUAGUUUGCAAAUUGCUGGCCUUUUGAUAUGACA